UGCCUCCCUUGCUCUAGCGCUACCUCUCUCUCUCUCUCUCUCUCUAUCUCUCUCUCGCGCCCUCUCUCUCUCGCUCUGCCUCAUAUGUGAACAGUAGAUACUCCACCACGCUUCAGACCUGAGGACCAGGCACUUUUCUCCUCAAAUAUUUUGGUCCUUCACCUCUGAUCAUGGAUCUUAAUCCUCCUCCACCGUACCCGGGGCCUGAAGCAGUGUAUCCUCCAGUACAAGUUGUUCAGGAUGUGGUGUAUCCGGCUCCCCCCAAGUACAGCGCCGCAGUGGUUCAGCCCAUGCCUACUAUACUGCAGCCUGAGCUGGUGGUCCAGCCAGCGGCAGUCAUCCAGACCCAACCUGCGUUCAUGGUGGUCAACCCUGUGGUUGUUCAACCAGCUCUGUCAGAUGUUCCUGCCUCAAUGACAUGCACUUACUGCCAGCAACAAAUCGUCACCGUCAUCAAACCCAGCAAUGGACUCCUGGUCUGGACUGCUUUUGGAGUCAUGUUAGUGUUUGGGCUCUGGCCGUGCUGUCUGAUUCCCUUCUGCGUGCAUUCCUGUAAAGACAUCCAGCACACGUGUCCCAACUGCAGGAACGUCCUGCACGUUUACAGACGCAUGUGAGGACCCAAAGAACGUGACCCAGGGACGACAUCGCUGUGGGUUAUAACAAUGAUUCUAGUGUCGUUUUCGCUUUGUUUUGUUCUGCAGAUCCCUCCUACACCUCACUUUCACAUACCCAGUUCACUGCACAUCUACAGAGCGGGUUCUAAGGAGACGGUUUUCCAAAAAAUUACUCUGUGUUUUAUUUUAAUCAUCAUCAUUGCCUUUGCUUCUUUAACAUGUCGUGACUUCGGCUUUAUAAGGUUCUGUCUUGAGUUUUAUUUGUUGCCUCACACCUACAGGGUUUAGGGGUUUGAUUCCCAUCUCCUGCCCUGUGUGAGUGUGGGUGUGGAGUUCAGGGAUUCCCUCAGGGUUUCCUCAGGGUUCUCCCCGGUUUCCUCCACACAGUUCAAAGACAGACUGUAGAUGAUUGGCGUCUCCAGAUUUUCUCUACUCUGUCAAUGAGUGUCAAUCUGCGUCUUGUUUCCUGAGCCUCCUGGGAUAGACUCCAGGUUCCAGAAGUUCUAUCACCAAACACAGAUAAACUUUAAAGUGAACCAUCAUCCAAGAUGAACCUGAGAUCCCAAGAAUGCAACAUACGCAGGUCCAACCAAUCAAUAUCAAUAUCUGCUGGACAAAAAGCUGGACAAUGAAACACUUGCGGUCAGUAUAGACCACUUUUUCUGUACGUAAACAUUGUUUUGUGGGCGGAGCUUAAUUGGAGGCAGAAAGAUUUCCCUGACCGCUUUACAAGCGCUAGUUAUCAAAAUCCGACAUCAUCUGACUAUGUUAGGUCACUCACUGUCCAGGACCACGAAUGUUAUUUGAAAAAAAUUAACUUUAACAGAUGGAACCGGAUUGGUCGACCCGUACACACUCACUCAAUGGAUGGAUGGUGUGACAGGAUGACCUUGGGUUGACAUCUACACCUGACAUCUGAUAGAAAAACCGAGCGCUUCUGGUAACUGUAGAAAGGGAGAUGACCCAAACAGUUUCCUUUGUUUAGUCUCCGGUCGUUAGCUACCAGUUAGCUUACAUGCUACAACAUUAACAUUACACGAGAAAUCAUUGAACUAGUUCAUCAGUUUCUGAUGAGGUGGGGAUGCAUGAGAAAUAAUUAAACACGAAAACGAAACCAUAUCCCACACCAACAAAAAACAAUAGUUUCUUUAACUUUAUCUGAUGUGAAGUGUGCUGAUAGUUUCUGUCCAGUCCGCUCCUUUUAUUGCCUUUGACCACAGCUGUCAUCGUUUUUUAUGUCCUGCAGUGGCAGCAGCUAAGCGAUAAAACUUCAGAUUGGAGCCCCGUGGAUUCUGACACACAACAAUGAUGAUAUUUGCGAUCCUUGUGUAGCCGACUCUGAAGCUUUUUUAAAAAAAGAAAUUAAAACGUGUUGUUGUUUAUUUAUUUAUUUAUUUAUUUAUUUCCAAAAUAUGUUGAAAACGUUCUCAUAAAUUUAGUAAAGCAAUUGAAUUUGAACUGGACGUCGUUUCUGCUAACUUUAGCACCAAAGCCUCGAGACAGAACCUUAUAACUCCGAGCGAAUGUGAGUAUUUAUGUGUAUGUAAUAUGUGUAUCUGUAAUAUAUAUAAAUAUAUAAAUAUAUAUCAUGUAAUCUGUGUUGAAAAUGUUUAUCAGAAUGACUGUGAACUGUAUUCAGGACUAAAUCAGGACUUUUUAAGCUGCAGUACGGCAGUAGCGGUCAGUGACGCACUGGUCAGUACUUCUUCUGUCACUCUACCUCUGUUCGGACGUGUGAUGUUAAAGACGAGGAUGAAGGACUGAAGUCAGGAGAUCAUCAGCGUAGUGGAGUAAACAGCUGGAGUUUAGAGAUAUAUUCACACACUUUUUUAUCUGUAAUCCUGUGAAUUUACUCCGGGUUUUUGACCGUCUUCCUGUGCACAUCUGCAUGUAUUGUGCACAUCUGCAUAUACUUCAUUUCUAUAAUAUUUAAAGUUGUGUGUUUUUUCCUCCGUAUUUCUCAGAUCUUGUUUCCGGUUCAUUCCUGAUCUCUGAUGUGAACAAACUCUAACACUACUGGAUGAGACGCACUUUACUAAAGUAUUAU